CCCGUCCCAGGAUAUACUUCCAAAUCAGGCACCUUGAUUUUACUUCGUGUUUGCGUGUAUUAACCAUGCGAUGUCUAGCAAUGAUCGUUUCUUUUUUUUCUCUGCAGAGAACAUGGUUGGCGAUAAUGGUUAUUCUAUCUGGGACAAGCCUCUUCAGCAUCGCCUCAGCCAAUCUCACAGAGGGCACCUGUAGAGGGAGAAUGGGUAAUCGUGAGAUCUACAAGAAAGUUGAUCGUGUUUGUGAAGACUGUGCUAAUAUCUUCCGAUUGCCAGGAUUGGAAGGUCUGUGUAGAGAUCGGUGCUUCUACAACGAAUGGUUUCUGCUUUGUCUGAAGGCUGCCAACAGGGAGGACGAGAUCGAAAAUUUUAGAGUGUGGAUCAGUAUUCUGAACGCCUGAAAAUGAGGGGGAGCCCAGGAAUCAAUCCCUUCCAAUCACUAAGUCUCACUCACAUGGGCCAACAUUCACGACACUCGACGACCAAGAAUAAUCAUUAUUACAAUUCUAACCUUGUUUAUUUUAGUUUUUUGUUAGGUUAAUGGUACCCUCAAGUGACAUUCCAGUCUGAGCCUACAAGGUCUGGCUGUCAUGCAGUGUAUGAAUACGAAAGUUUACAUGUGAAAUAUUGUCUGAUCUUCAGUCUAUCACGAAGUAGAUCCCUGUUUAUUUCGCAGUUUAUAUAUUACACUGAUCUGGAUUUGGAAAAUAAACAAGCAAUAUAU